AUGAGCUUUUUUAAUAAUCCUGCCAGUUCAUCAACGCAAGGAAGCUCUGGCAGCAGCACCACAGCUUCGGGCCCCGGAGGUGCAGGUAUAUUCGGCGCACAAGGAGCAACCAGCAAUAUCUUUGGCGCACCAAGACCUGCCAAUACAGGGGGGUUAUUCGGCUCUAACGCGCCGAAUACGGGUACUGCAGGAGGGCUCUUUGGCAAUUCGGCGGCAUCGACACCUUCGUCUAGCAUAUUUGGAGGUGGAGCCGCUCCUGCCUCUACUUCAAUUCCCACCUUCGGCGGAAGUGGCAGUGGUACUACAAGUGCAACCCCCUCCACUUCAAACACACUCUUUGGAAGCAGCAGUACGACGGCCGCCAGUUCUACAGCGCCCUCUAACACAAAUACCCUUUUUGGCGGAGGUUCGGCCUUCACUCUUCCCAAACCUGCUGACCAGGCUACAAACACUCCAAAAAAUACACCCUCCAGUUUCUUCAAUCAAGCAGGUCCUUCAACCACAGCAAGCUCUACCAAUGCGGAUGGAUUAUCCACCAAGUUAGCUGAAGGUGCGAGCACUGCAGCCAGUACUGCCGCUACAUCUGGUGGACUCUUUGGAGGAGGAAUUUUUGGAAAACCUGCAAACUCUUCUGCUACCACGCCUCUGGCGGCGAACAAAGAUGCUGCCCCCUUAGCUACAUCGGGAGGUCUUUUUGGAAAUAACGGAAACAAACAAUCUGAUAAGAAAGAUGCUACACAAACGGCUCCUACUACGUUCAACAUUUUUGGUGGUGCCAAGACGGACGAAAAGAAAGAUGCACCCACCCCAACCGGAUUGAAUGCGACAACAUUGAAAGAAGUCGAUAAAACUACAGUACCUGGGUCGGCUGCGGCUGCUGCAGUAUCAAGCACGACUGUAACCGUUCCCCCUCCAUCGAUGCUUCGGGGUAAAACGCUCGAGGAAAUUGUCAAUAGGUGGACCACGGAGCUUGAAACACACGUACGAGAGUUUGGUAGAUUUGCCGGAGAAGUGGCUGUAUGGGAUCGCGCUCUAAUUGAGAAUGGUAACAACAUAGCAGCUCUCUACAGCCAUGUUCUGGCAGCCGAAAGGCAGCAAAAUGAUAUUUCACAGUCCCUCGAUCACAUCGAACAACAGCAAGCGGACAUCGCUUCGACGUUGGACGCAUAUGAAAAGGUCUCUCAGGAAAUUUUAGGGGGACAAGGAGGAAGUUUAAGAACACUUGAUACUGGUCCUGCUGAUACAGAGCGAGACAAAAAUUACAUGCUUGCGACCGACCUGCACACGCAUCUCGAUGACCUCUCUGGUUCUUUGACCCAGAUGAUUGAUUCAGUCAAUGCACUAUCAAUCAGCCAGAAACCUCACUCUGACUCGGGGGAUGAUGCCAUGACACAAAUAGCUCAGAUUUUGAGCAGUCACCUCGAGAGUUUGCAAUGGAUCGAUGCCGCAGUACGCGAGGUUGAAAGCAAGGUGACAGACGUGGAGAAGCGUGUGAGAGAGUCAGGGCACAGCACUCCAGCAGGGGCGAAACCCCGGGGCUUUGGUCUUAAUCGGUAA